AUGUCGGAAGAAAGAACCAAUUACUCUUCUACUAUUUUAGUGAGCAAGCCCCCAAAAGAGGCCAUCGAAUGUUUGGUUUUGAGACAUACCCAAGUCACGAAUAUCAAUAAAGAUUUGGCUCAAUGGCUAUCUGAUUACCAUAAAAUUAAAAAACAAUUUGCUAAUUCCCUGAACAGUUUGUUAGCUCGUGGAAAUGGAUUGUUUGAAAAGCGGAACGAUGUUUAUCACAAUGACCUGGUCAAUGCUAUGGGUUUGCUUCACCCGUUGUGGAUGUCAGUUUAUAGUGAGGUCGGCAUGGAGUAUAAGGCUGCUGAGGGCGGUUGCAGGCGCUUGCUAUCUGAGAUUGUUAAGCCAAUUCGUACUUUUAAUCAAGACUUUGACUCAAGUUUGGACAGUUUGAACACUUUAGAGGACUUGGCUUCAAAUAUCGAUGAAUUGAACUCCUCCAAAAAACUCAAAGAAAGCGAGAAAGAGAGACUGAACGAGUUGAACGAUGAAUGGUCUUCCAAAGCACCAUAUUUGUUUGAGAUUUUUGAGAGCUAUGACUACAACAGAUUGAUAAUGCUGAAGGAUGCCUUCACCAACUUUGAAACCAAUGUUCAGGACAAUAUCCAACUUUACCAAAAACAAAAUGAACAGGGUCUUCAACUGACUUUGAACUUCAAUCCAGAUGAUGAAAUAUCUCGUUUCAGCACUGAUGCUUGUUCCAAAGAGAUUCUCUUGUCUUCCAAGAAGAGAAAGGACUCGAAGACUGCUGUUGACCACACUGAUGUUGAGUCUCAAGGAACCCACAAGACUUCACGUUCCUCAAAGCUACUAGGAAAGCUUGGUUCUCAUAACCAAGAUCACCACUCCAUCUCUUCAGGUCGUGAAGCUACUUCUGCUCCGCAAACUGCCCCAGUGCCAUCUGCAGAACCUCUUGGUUUUAAUGGCAAAUUUACUUCCAAAAGUGCAAAGGAACCAUCGUCCAAAAACCACAAAUUGCGGUCUAAAGUGGGAUCUAUAUUCGGCAGGAAGAAAAAAUCUAAGAACCCAAACCCUGAUAUGGGAACCAUUGCCGAAAGCACUUCUUCUUCGUUCGUUUCAAACAAUAGGUCAGAAUCUUCGGUAAACGUAGGAAGACGAACUGCAACCAGGGAACAAACUCAUCUUUCUCGUGAAGUCACGCUGAAUGAUAAAGGUGCCGGUGAGCAAUCCUUUGAAGCUAAGCAAGAAAGGCCUUCCAGUAUUCAAAAUUCUUUGGAGAAUAAUGUUGCUGCUCCGAAAUCCGAAAUUAAGCAGCUGGGCAUUCAACCACAGAUACCAAAGACUGCUCAAGAUAAUUAUGUGUCUUCUGUGGAGACUUCUUCGCCUGAGCAACAACAACAACAGAAAGAAAAUGCCGCUCAGCUGUCGUAUGGAGUUGCUCAACCACCAGCUCCUCCAACAUCGAGGCACACUUAUACCAGCGAAUCUGCGUUGAAUCCUCCUCGUUCAAGUCAUGGUGCUGUUCCACCACCUCCUGUGCCUAGAAAUAACCAAAGAGUGCAAUCCCAUCUGUUCCAUGACCUUCCACAGGCUAGACAACCAAGUUUUGCGUCUACCGUGGCAACAAACAACGAAGAUGUUAGCAGUGUACGUAUUGGUGGCGCUGGAAUUGCUGUACAAAACACAGGUUCUUCCAGUAUUAAACCUAACUUGACAGGUACUUCUGCAGGUUCUCCUUUCCAACAUCCUUCGCUAAGGGCACCUGGAUUGAAUGCAAGUAUUGCUGAAGUAAUCAACGCUUCAUUCAAAGAUGGUGUUAAGACUCGUUCCAGUAUAGUUGGUGAAGUUGCGUUCUCAUAUAUAACGGAUCCUGCAAAUAAUACCUUGCCUUCGAAUAUCAACUUUACGUUACAAAAUAGCAAAAAGCAGGCUGACAAAUACUUACUAAACAAUGACAUUCUGAGACAACAUGCAGAGAACUCGUUUACACUAACCGAUGUGCAACAGAUUCAAUUCCAGACUUUAGGUGCUGUGAAGUAUCUGCUGAAUGACGUUGCUGCUCCAAUUGUUGUUAUUCCUACGUGGAAGUUUGAGGAACAUCAGGCAAGUGUCAUAAUCUCAGUCAGACUCUCCCCAGAAUUGUUGGCCACGUUGCCAGAAGACUUCAAAGGGCUCACCCUUAGUAACUUCUCGUUAUCCGUUUCAAUCAAGGGUGCGCAAGCAACUUCAGCAGCCACUAAACCACAAGGCUCUUUCAAUAAGGAAAAGAACAGAAUUGCUUGGACUUUCCCCAACCCUAUAACGCUGACAGCUACUAACGAAGAGCGACUGAUAGCAAGAUUUAUGACUUCAGGAUUGGCUCAAGAGGCAGACACUGGAUGUUUGGUGAAGUUUGUGAUUAAUGAUGAUUUUGGAACCAGGUUGGUUGAUUCAGGAUUUACUUUGCAAUACCAAGAGGUUACCAAUGAUCCGUUUUCUUCUUCCGAUAAUGUCUCUAGUGGAGAAUGGAAACCAGUCCAUGAGUUAAAGACCCUUGUUGCGGGGACGUAUUCCGGCUCUGCUUAG